AACCCCACACAGGAACUUGGACUCCUUAUAAAACACCUUCAACCAUCUCCAAACCCCCCAAACACUCUCAAUCCACUUUUCUUCAUUCCCCUUUCACUUUCUCUCUUCCAACAACUCCAAUUCUAGUUUCGGGAUUCCAACACAUGGACAACCAACGCAGUCCUCUUCUCAGUUGGGCUUACUACUGCCACGGAAAGUCAGUGGAGGAGCUGAAGCAGUCGCUGAUGUGCACGACUCUUGAGCUGGAACAGACGAGAGCGAGUGUGCAAGAGGAGCUGAGGAAGAGGGACGAUCAGCUUCAAACCCUGAAGGAGCUUCUGAACAAGGUGAUGAGAGAAAGAGACGAGGCACAAGAGAAAUGGCAAAGACUGGUGGUGGAGAAAAUGGUUUUCCAGCAGCAAAAGCAGCAGCAGCAGCAUCAGCAAACGGCCCCUGCUUCUGGGAUUUCGAGCAUUGAGGAUGAGCCCAGGAGAGGGAUUGACUCCAACAAUGGGCUGUCGUCAUCGGAUUGUGAAGAAAGCAUUGUUUCCUCUCCGAUCAUGGAGCAUUUGGGUGGUGGGCAGGCACAGUUGCCAGAGUCAAUGAUUGAGCUUAUAUCACCAGAUAAACCGUUACCAGAAAAAGGUAAGCUUUUGCAGGCAGUGAUGAAAGCAGGUCCCCUGCUUCAGACUCUGCUUCUCGCGGGACCACUCCCUCAAUGGAGACACCCUCCACCCGCUCUUGAGUCCUUCGAGAUUCCUCCUGUCACCAUUCCUUCCCCGCAGGCACAGCAACAGGCGCAAACACAAGCGCAAGCACAAUUCCUCCACCAAGACUCCUUCACCUCCAACUGCGGGAGAGUGAGUAGGAAAAGGGUUUUCUGUGAGGGCUCUGAUUCUCCCACGCAGACCAAGUUCCAAAGGAUUGUACUUCACUGACCAGUACUACAACUGUUACUGUUAUCCAGUCAGUUGUAUUUAUCCUUUUUAGUUUUAAUUUAUUCGAUUCGACUGAUCUAGCGUAUGUACAGUGGUUUGUUUUAACUCGGUGGGAGGAAAAGAGCUGAAGGAAAAAAAAAAGGUUUGAUUUUGGGUUUCUGGUGAUAUUGGAUGAAUGAUUUGUCCUUGGCUGGCAUUUUUGCCCU